AUGCCAGUGGAAGAGAAUGACAAGAGCAUAGUUCUGAGACUUGCCUCGGGAGCUACGGCAGAGAUCUACCUUUUCGGCGCAACGGUCACCUCCUGGAAAGUAGAGGGGAAGGAAAGGCUGUUCGUCUCCUCCAAAUCCGCUUUGGACGGUAGUAAGGCUAUUCGUGGUGGUAUUCCUAUCUGUUUCCCCAUUUUUGGCCCCCCUCCUCCCUCUCCACCUGAAUACGCAGCAUUGCAACAACAUGGUUACGUCCGUUCUCAAAAUUGGUCACUUGAACAUAUCAUCAUGGACCGCGAAGAAGGAAUCAGUAUCCGUCUUUCAGCUCCUCCCCCUCCUGCUGAGUUCAAUCAUGAAUACUCCUUGAAAUAUGUGGUCACACUCUCCCCACAUCAACUCUCCACAGACCUACAUGUGGUCAACACGGGUAAAGAAGAUUUCAAGUUUCAAGCUCUGUUGCAUAGUUAUUUAGCGGUGAAGGAUAGUAAGAAGAUUGUCGUGAAGGGAUUGGGAAUUGGGACCGAAUGGCAGGAUAAGACGGAUGGGUUGAAAGUGAAAGUAUGGGAUGGAAGUGAUUUGAGAAUCACCAAAGAGGUGGAUGCGGUAUUCCGCAAAGUUCCAGGACAAGAGAUAGUUGUGUUGGAAGAUGACGGUGGAAGUAUUACCAUUCGUUUCCGUGGUUUUGAAGAUUCUACCGUUUGGAACCCUCAAGAGAAGUCAGGAAAGAAUAUGAUCGAUAUGGAAGAAAAUGGCUGGGAUAGAUACAUAUGUGUCGAACCUGGAUACGUGAGGGAAUUCAAGAUACUUGCUCCGGGAGAAGAAUUCUUAGGUCAACAAAUCCUCACCGUCCCUCAUUGA